AUGGCGGACCUCAAUCUCAAGGAAAUCCACGACUUCAUGGUGUCGAUCGCAAAAGAAUCCGGCGAGCGCAUUGUAUCGGCCAAACCAACGACAUCGACAUCAGGUUCGAAGAAGAAUUCCGCCGACCUCGUCACAGAAACCGACCGCGCAGUCGAAUCCCUCAUCUCAGCCUCCCUGCGCAGCACAUACCCGCACUUCUCCUUCAUGGGCGAGGAAACCUAUCAGCCGGGCGACGUACUCAGCGCGAACCCGACGUUUAUCUGCGACCCGAUUGACGGGACGACCAACUUUGUGCAUCGGCACCCGUACGUGUGUAUUUCGCUGGGGCUCGCGGUGGACCGGGAGCCCGUGGUGGGUGUAGUGUAUAAUCCGUUUACGCAGACGCUGUAUUCGGCGGUUAAAGGGCAGGGCGCGUAUAUGAAUGGGGCGCUGAAAUUGCCGCUGGUAGAGCCCGCGCCGCUGACUGCGCUCGAUACCUGUCUUGUGGCGGUGGAGUGGGGGAGUGAUCGCUCCGGCAAUGAUUUCAGCGUCAAGAGCGAGACGUUCAAGAGGUUGGCCGCGACAAAGGAGCACGGCGGCGGCAUGGUGCAUGGGCUGCGGUCGUUUGGGUCCGCCGCUUUGAAUCUGUGUGGUGUGGCGACCGGCGCUCUCGAUGUCUACUGGGAGGCCGGGUGCUGGGCGUGGGAUGUGUGUGCCGGCUGGGUGAUUUUGAAGGAGGCUGGUGGCAUCAUGGUGGAUGCGAAUCCGGGGAAUUGGGAGCCCAAAGUUGAGGGCCAGAGGUAUUUGGCGGUCAGGGGUGGAGAAGGCCAAAAGGACAUUGUAAAGCAGUUUUGGAGCUUGGUGCAUGGCGCGUUUGAGGUGGGAAUGUAGACAUGAGAUGACAUCUUGUUGUCUGAGUGCUGCCAGUCAUACAUAGUGUUGCAGCCACAUACAAUACAUCACACAUCACAUGCAAA